GGCUUACACAGGCAGGGGAGGAAACAUGUCUUGAGAGGUGAUGACAUAGCCACAGAGACGCAUCCACAUCCUCACUGGAUCCGAACUUCUUUGCUCGCUGCUGCUGCGUCCUUAAGAGGAAGGAGAGCCAUAGCCCCGAGAAAAAGCAGCUUUCUGUCCCUGUCAUCGCCUCUUCUUCUCUUUCUUACUUUGUUUGUGGAUGAUGGGAUUUUAAUCAUGUGGAAGACAGCUGAGUGGCUCUCCUGGAUUUCGCUGACACUCUGCCCGGUCCCGCCUGGCCUUCUCUGAGCAGGAUGGACACUCUGGAGUCAGAACUGACCUGCCCAAUCUGCCUGGAGCUCUUCGAAGACCCACUGCUGCUCCCCUGCGCCCACAGCUUGUGCUUCGGUUGUGCUCACCGCAUACUUGUCUCCCACUGCGCCAACAACGAAUCUGUCCACAGCAUCGGUGCCUUUCAGUGUCCCACCUGCCGCUAUGUCAUAUCCUUGAGUCCAGAGCGAGGACUUGAGGGACUUAAGAGAAACGUGACCCUGCAGAAUAUCAUCGAUAGAGUCCAAAGGGCCUCCUCUUCAGCCGGGCUGCCACUGCCGCUGCCAUUGCCAGCGCCGCCCCACAGCGGGCCCAAUUCCCCCGGAGAGGAAGGGAACAACCGUUUGGCACUUGUUCCCCUCAGUGCCGCCAUGUCAAACCCUGGUACACCGCCCGAACCAGUCCAGUGUCAGUUCUGUGAACAGGAUCCACCUCAAGACGCUGUCAAGACGUGCGUAACAUGUGAGGUGUCGUACUGUGAAGAGUGUUUACGGGCAACACAUCCAAACAAGAAGCCAUUCACAGGUCACCGGCUCAUUGAGCCGAUGCCUGACUCUCACCUCAGAGGGCUCCAGUGUCUGGAACACGAGGAGGAGAAGGUCAACAUGUACUGCGUUACCGACGACCAGCUGAUCUGCUCCCUGUGCAAACUGGUGGGAAGACAUAAGGACCACCAGGUGGCGGCCCUCAGUGAUCGCUAUGAAAAAUUGCGGCAAUCUCUGGAUUCAAACCUGAGCAACUUGAUCAAGAGGAACAAUGAGCUGGAGUCACUGAUGGGAAAAUUGAUCCAGACCUGUCAACAUGUCGAGGUUAAUGCUUCCCGCCAGGAGGGGAAACUCAUGGAUGAGUGCGAUCUUCUUAUUGAGAUCAUUCAGCAGAGGAGGCAGAUCAUUGGCAGCAAGAUCAAGGAGGGCAAGGCACAGCGACUACGGAAGCUAGCCCAGCAGAUAUCAAACUGCCAGCAAUGCAUUGAGCGGUCCUCUGCCCUCAUCACGCAGGCAGAUCAGACACUGAAGGAGACGGAUCACGCUCGCUUCCUGCAGACGGCAAAGAGCAUCAAUGAGAGGGUUUCCAUGGCAACUGCAUCAACACAAGUCCUGAUCCCUGAGAUACACCUGACUGACACGUUCGACACUGUUGCGUUGGAUUUCACCAGGGAGAAGAAGCUGCUUGAGAAUCUGGAUUACCUCACAGCGCCAAGUGCUCCUUGCAUCAGGGAAGAGUUGUGCACAGCAUCCUACGACACCAUCUCUGUUCACUGGACGUCGGACGAUGAAUUCACUGUGGUGUCAUAUGAGCUUCAAUACGCCAUUUUUACCGGGCAGUCCAACAUUGCCAGCCUGUGCAAUUCACUGGAGAGCUGGAUGAUUGUUCCCAACAUCAAGCAGAACCACUACACAGUUCACGGCCUGCAGAGUGGCACUAAAUAUAUCUUUGUUGUCAAGGCGAUUAACCAGGCGGGGAGCCGAAGCAGUGAACCAGGGACUCUGAAAACUAACAGUCAGCCCUUCAAGCUAGACCCCAAAUCUGCUCACAAGAAGCUGAAGGUCUCCCACGAUAACCUGACAGUGGAGCGGGAUGAAACCACCUCCAAAAAAGGCCACAACCAGGAGCGUUUUACCAGCCAGAGCAGCUACGGAGUGGUGGGGAACGUUUACAUAGACAGCGGGAGACACUACUGGGAGGCUCUGAUUGGAGGCAGCACAUGGUAUGCAGUGGGUAUUGCUUAUAAGUCAGCCCCCAAACAUGAGUGGAUCGGCAAGAACUCUUCCUCCUGGGUUCUGUGCCGCUGCAACAACUCAUGGGUUGUCCGCCACAACAGCAAGGAGAUGGCCAUUGAGCCCUCCCCUCACCUGCGUCGAGUUGGCGUCCUGCUGGACUACGACGGCGGUUACCUGACCUUCUACGACGCCGUGGGCUCUCAACACUUGCACACAUUCCACGUGUCCUUUGCCCAGCCCGUGUGUCCUGUGUUUAAUGUGUGGAACAAAUGUUUGACAAUCCUCACUGGUCUGCCUAUACCGGACCACCUGGAGGGCGUUGACCCACAGGACUGAACAGACACAGAUCAUCAUUGGUUGUACUUGUAAAACGCAGUGGUACACUCAUCGAUACACAUCUUUAUGUCAAGUAACUGACAGUAACUGGCUGAUGUUUUGUACAAAAGAAGCCUGGUUUAUGCCUCUGCCAUCAUCUGCACGGAGUCAGUGCCGUGAUGUGAUCUUGAGUCCAAGUUGAAAUUUGAAAAUGUAACUGAGUUGAAGAUGCGCUGGUGAUUCCACUGGAGAAACUCUCAUAGAUAUGAAGGCAGCAAUUGAUACAGGGUUUCUAAGUAUCUACAGAAUUGCUACGCAUACAGUAAUAUCCGAAAGAUUAGUUAGAUGCCAUAAAAGUUAUCUUUGAAACGUAAAACUGAGCAUAUAGAUGCAUAAAUAUAUAAUAGAGAAAAUAUAUUUUCCAUCUAUUUUUGAGAAUCAAGGAUGAUUUUAAAUGAAUACUACGGGUGUUAAAUAAAACUCAGGUGAAGGAAAAUCCAUAAGAAAAGACACUUUUCCUUAUCAUAUUCAGUGCAUCUGUAGUAACAAAGUGGAGGUAAUAUUCCUGCUGCUUUUACACAUUCCACUCGCCGCACGUAUUCUGGUAUCAUUGGACGUGUCUCUGCAUCACAGUAAAAGUUCAGCAGUCUUGUGGAGCCAGACACUCAACAACAAAGCAUUUUUGGAGACUUGGCCAAAAGGUGUGAUGUGACUUUUUUAGCUAUGAAGGAAACAUGUACGGAAUUGUCAUUUUUGUACAUUUUUUUCAGCAGAGCAGCAAAAGUUAUAGUAAUAAAAUUCAACAAUUCAACAGCAGUGAAUGUAGACACACAAAGCUGAAAGAUUUUUUUUCCGAAGAAUUGUAAAAAGAAAUAUUUUAAAAUGUAUUAUAAUGAAAACAGAAAUUUUAAUGAAAGGGAGAUUACACCAAUAUGAUAAGAGAACAAAAAACAAUGCAGACAAAGAUAAGUAGAGAAGAGGGCUCUAAUUCAAAGUUCAGCAUGAAUAUGGAUCUAAAUGCAUCACAUUGACUGUCUCCUUUCACCUGAAGAGGGAAGCAAAAAUGAGGCUUUACACGAUCACUUUCCACAAGUUUGGUUUAAAGCAGCAGCUAUUUUUUGAGAGAAACCUAUUUAACAGAUUUUUAAAAACAACGUUCAAAUAUUGUAAGUAGUUAUUUAUUUGACGCACUGAACUGACUUGAGACACAGUUUGUAUAAUUCUAAAUGUAAAAUUUGAAGAACAAAUUUCAGCAGACCUUCAUUCCUACACACUGCAGAAAUGUUGAUGUGUAUAUUUGUAUAUUUGCAUAAAACUCCUUUAUAAUCCCCCCUUAAUGAAAAGAUAACCAAAGUAGCCAUGGCUGUCUGUGCAAAUAUAUUAAUAUAAAUUGUGUCCAUAAAAAACAAACAAAAAAAAGACAAUAAAUUACCCACAACUGUAGAGUACAUCCUUGUCUUUUGCACAUUGUGUCAUAGAAUUAUAUGUUAAAGCAUUUGUUGCGACUUACAUGCAUUUAUUUUGUAUUCAUCCAAUAGUGUGUAGCCAAAGGUUUUAGUGCAGUCACGCUGCGUGUAUUCUAUUUUUGCUAGUCUUAAAAUCUCUGGUCAGAGUAACAUGUUAACUCUUGCGCCAGCAGAGAGAUUUGCAUGUUUUCAAGUCAGAAGGAGCUUAUAUCAGGAAGAAUUACUAUCGCAGCGUCAACAUGCACAGGAAUGAUGUCACUGGGUUGCGACUCACUUUUCACCGUCUUACAUUUAUUUAAUUUGAACAAACAUUCAAACAAGUGUUCAUAUUGGGUUGCAUUUUAAAAGGGAACAAAUGUGAAAACGAAAGAUUCAAAAUAGAUAUAGUGCCUAUAUUUCGGAUUUAAAUCAGUUCAUUUUUAUAUUCUUUAAGAAAUAAAUAAAUGGCAAAAACAGGGGUAUCAAGAAAUAAGUUUAAACUAAAAUUGCGUUCAGAAAAUUGAGUGUAAAUAGACGUAUAAGGUUGGAAAUUGUGUAGUGAUUUUAUUUGUCAAACAAUACAAUGCGUGACCAUUUCACUUAACAGUAUUUUAUCGAACAGUGUUUCUUUUGUGUCAUAUGUGCUUCAUGCAUUUCUAUCUUGUGUUCUACCUAAUGCUUCCAUUUACACUUCACUUUACAUGGCAUUAGGUGUUUGCUCUCAUUUUCGUUCAUCCAGGAUACGAACACUCGCGUCACUGUUGUGUAACUCCAGAUAACUCCAUGAAAAGGUCAAGAAUAAAUGUUUCUUUUAA